AUGCCCGGCCGCCCGACCGCCCGCUCGCCCGCCCAUCCGCCCGCCCCCCGACCAACCGUCCGCUGCCUGACUGCCCUCCCGCCCGCUUGGAGCACGCCUACCCGCCCGCCGCCGGCCCGUUUGCCCGGCCGCAAGCCAGGGCCGCCCGCCCGCCACCUGCCCAGCACGCCACCUGACCGCCCACCGCCCGCCGCCUGGCCGCAUGCCUGGAAUCCCGUCAACCCUCCCGCCUACCCGCCCGCCGCCGGCUCGUUUGGCCGGCCGCUAGCCCGGCCGCCCGCCUGCCACCUGCCUGCCCGCCCGCCCGCCCGCCCGCCCGCCUGCCCAAACGACCACCCGCCCGCACGGCCACCCGGCCGCCCGUCCGCCCCAUGCCCGGCUACCCGACUGCCUCCGCCCGGCCGCCCGCACGUUUGCCCGGCAGCCCGGCCGCCCCUCUGCCCGCCCGCCCGCCCGCCUGGCCGCCUGCCCGCCAGCCCUCCGCCCGCACCUCGCUCGCCCUCCCGCUGCCUGACCGCCAUCCCGCCAGCCCCCCGCCCGCCACCUGACCGCCCACCCGCCCGCCGCCUGGCCAACGCCUGGCCUCCCGUCAACCCUCCCGCCCACCCGCCCGCCGCCGACCCGCCUGCCCCCCCGCCUGACGGCCCGAUCACCCGCCCGCCGCCUGGGCGCCCGCCUGGCCGCCCAUCAACCCGCCCGUCCACCCGCCCACACCCCGGCCAUUUGCACGGCCGCACGGCCGCCCGCCACCUGACCGUCCACCUGCCCGCCGCCUGGCCACACGCCUCGCCUCCCGUCAACCCUCCUGCCUACCCGCCCGCCGCCGGCUCGUUUGCCCGGCCGCUAGCCCGGCCGCCCGCCUGCCACCUGCCCGCCCGCCCGCCCACCCGCCUGCCCAAACGACCACCCGCCCGCACGGCCACCCGGCCGCCCGCCCGCCCCAUGCCCGGCUACCCGCCCGCCUACCGCCCGGUCGCCCGCCCCCCCGCCGCCUGGCCGCCCGCCCGGCCGCCCGCACGUUUGCCCGGCAGCCCGGCCGCCCCUCCGUCCGUCCCCCGCCCGGCCUCCCGGCAACUAACCGCCCUCCCGCCCGCCUCGCGCCCACCGCCGACGCCCCCGCCCGCCGCCUGA